AAUAGAAUAUGAGCAUUGAUUAAACAACCACCAAAACAUCUUUAGUUUGCUCUAUCUAAGUAAUACACUUAUUUAUUGCGCAUGUGAACUCCAUCUUUUCCUUACGUUGUUGCGGAAUUCGGUGAGUCGCGUGUUAUUAUAGGUGACUUGGCAGACAUGACACGUUGCCGGCGAGAUUUAGGAAAGACAACGGCAGUUGCUGUUGAUGUUGUUCGAACCUAUGACGCCAAAUCGCAGUGUCGAGAAUGCGAGCACGUGCUUCUCUGUGAUGAUAAGUUCCAUGGAUUCGUAUUUGAAACCCACUUUAAUCCCAGACUGGUCAACCGGCAAUACAACUAUAAAGAAAUGUUUGUUACUAGGCUCUGGCGUUGUGCUGGGAACCGCUGGUGUACUUCUUUACCGUGCACGGACUUAUUGUACAGCUGAUCUAUCUAAGGCUCGAAUUAUAUUCAUCAAAUCAACAAGUGACUGGGAUAGGCAUAAAAAGCUGUUUUUAGACGAAACCCAUAAAAGUGGUGUGUUGGGCGCUGACUGUGAAUGGGUGUCUGAUGCAGUUAGUCAUAUGCGUCACAAGGUGGCACUUAUCCAAUUAGCGCCCAACGAGAGCCUGUGUUUUGUAAUUCAGUUGUCCAAAUUGAACUCGAUACCUGUUGAGCUCGAAGAGGUGUUGAAAAACCCCGAAGUGGCUAAAGUGGGUGUCGAUGUAUGCGAGGAUGCUAAGAAACUCGUUCUCGAUUAUGGGGUAACGUGCAGUUCCUGUCUUGAUCUCCGACAUAUGGUGCUUAAUACUUCAAGGGCGAGAUACUUAGCAAAGCGUGGGCUGUCAUUGCAAAAAUUGUCAAUGGACUUGGUUGGCAUUGCACUGGACAAAUCGAUAUUACUUCGUCGCUCUAACUGGGAGGCAGAUAUUUUGACGGAAAAAGAAGUUUUAUACGCAGCUAACGACGCCUUAGCCUCAUUUCUAGUUGCGAAAAAAGUUGCGCUUUUAAAAGAAAAUUGUUUCUUGGUACUUUUUCGACAGUCGCGGUUGGAUGCUAUACUUAUGAAACAUUUCGGCUAUUUAUUUGACAUUGCUUUCAAAAAUUUUGUCAAUAUUGCGGACACAGUUAGAGCUGAAAAUGACAACAAAUACGAAGUCAAGAUCAAGCGCAAAAGCCGUCAAGCUGUUCGCGUUUCGCCUUACUACGAUAAUUGUGUGCUGCUGGCUCCCGAUGGUGAAGUGCUCGCCGGGAUCAAACGAAAAAAAGCCCUUUGGUAUCUUAAUAGGGGUGCCGCCACAUUAGUCUGCGAAGAACCACUGACGGUUCGCCUCUUUUUUGAACCAAAGGGACGUCCCAUCCUGGACAAAAAGUACUACACAAUUUCAAAGGACAAUCAGUGCGUCGUCUGCGGCUCAAGGGAUGAGCUUGUCCGCAAGAAUAUUGUGCCAACUGAAUACCGGAGCUUCUUUCCGAGCGUGAUGACUGAAUACAAUUCACACGAUGUCCUGCUGAUGUGCGUUGACUGUCAUCAGAGAAGCAACGCGCUGAACUCUCGACUUCGUGAACAGCUGGCACAAAAAUGUGAUGCGCCGCUAUCCGAGCACAAGUACGUCGUCAAUGUAAAAACUGCCCAAUUAAUCCGAGCUGCUAAGGCCCUACUGAAGCCUACUGCAUCGCAGAUUCCCUUACCGCGACUCAACGAGCUUAAGAAAAUAAUUCAACGAGCUCUGAAUGUCGACGAACUUUCGCCGGAGUUGCUGAAGGCUAUUGCAAUGCAAGAUCCGAGACGAUUCAAUGAGAAUUUCAGAUGCCACGGACUAACUGUUGUGGAACAUUUUGCCGCCAACGAGGGUGGAAUACUUGAGCUCGAAGCUUUGUGGCGCAAACAUUUUCUAGAAACCAUGAAACCGGCGUAUUUGCCACCACAGUGGUCAGUCAAUCACCACCGACGAUCUUUGGCUUACGAAAUUGGCCAAUGGGAAUCUGAAAAGGCAGAGGAAAUCCUUAAAAAAAUUGGUUUGACACGCGAUUACUGUGAAGAAAUCAAAGCCGAAGUUCGAUUGAUGGCUAAAGGUAAAACGGGCUCAUUGUCUCUGGAGCCACAUUUUUCCAAACAAAAAUAAUCGAAGUCUCUGAUGGUCACGAAAAUAUAGUUAGCUAAAAGUGUGUAGAAUAUAGAGAAUACUAUAAGUUUUCUGUAGACCGAUCGCCUCUUGGGUGUAAGGGCACGUAUUUUCUGAUACAGAGCGAUCUAUCAUUUGAUUGUUUGAUAUUACAGCUUCCAUGCUAAUAAUGGCCAGAGACCCUAAAGUUAGAAGCUGUGAGGCACUCUAAGCUCACAGGGUCGGUCGAGAAAAACGUUUAAAUCGCUUGGAAUUAACCAACUUUAAUGUAAUGGAUUUUGAAAUCUGAUUUUAACAGUAAUGUUAUUAGGUAUUUAGAUUUUCCAAAGUGUAAACGUUUCUGUAAUAUAUCGGUCAAAACAUAACGUUUCGAUAAUCACCAAUCCGCAUACUUAAAGUAGGGAAUCAGAGCUAUGUGGUGCUAAAACUGUAGUGUGUACGCUCAUUCUAGUUCAAUCUACGUGUUGACGAAAUAAUCACGCCAUUUUGUGUAUAAUACCUCCAGUAAAAGUGUGUCGGUUUAAAAACUUCUUCUCUCGCUUUCUGUAGACUGUACUUAUUUUUAUUACACAGUUUGUUUGUAUCUUAAAAAAAUAGAGCUCUAAGUCCGGUUUAUAAAUGCGCGUUAAACCAACACGGAUUAUAUAGGAAAUGUUAUCUAUACCAAAAGUGCUCAUUUAAAUGGUACUCGAUAUCGUAAGGUUGUCGAUAGCGUAUACGUAGAGGCUUGAUGGUUCACGUCGCUUGAUGGCUGUAGGUUCACGUCGAAAUGCAUUGACACGAAAAUUUAAUCCGAUAUGGCCGAGAUGGCCGAUAGCCAUAUGACAUGCACAUUUGUAUGGGGUGUGCUAAUUCUUUAAUUAAUUAUAGACUUUAUUUUUUAUAUUUCUAUAUUUCGUUUUGUUAGCUACUAUAUUUUUAUAAAUAGAAUCAAACAAUAUAAAUCACAAACUAUAAAAGAUAGGGUACUUGUUUCAUAUGAUAAUAUAGUGUCCAUAUUAAUUAUAUUACAAUACCCGCGGCAGGCAUUAGGCGGUGACGCCAAGAGUAGAAACCAGGAGGUUUCCAGUUCUAAUCUGGUUGUACCCGUGCAAAUUGGUACGGCCUUGAAACUGUACAGUUGUUAUUUUAGUAAAUUGUUAGACUUUUUUGUACAUACACUAGACACACUCGUAAAUAAAGACGAUGAUUGAAAUAUCCUGCAACAUUCAGUUAAUCAUUGGAUUAGUAUGUUCGCUCUUUGGAGCUUGUACAAAUACUCUAAUAUUCCUGCAUCGUGAUUUUCAAGGUAUCUCAAGGCUCAUAUUGAUGUUUGCUGGUGUUAUUUAUGAAACAGUUUACGCUGAUCAUAAGGAGAAGUAUUUGAUAGGUGGCAUCAAAACAACGUGUAUGUUUGAUCUAAUGAAUCAAACGAUACCAAUACUAAGCAUAGAAAAAAAGUACGUUUACGUAAAUACAUUAAGCUUGUUAUUAUAACUUCAUAUACAUUUUCGCUGAUCAAAGAUUUAAAGAAACUAGAAAUUAGUUUUCAUAUGUAUUUAGUAACAUGGGUGAAUGCAUCAACACUUCCUAUGUGCCGGCUAUCAUUCACAUCAAAGGAAAGCUAUACUUUUAAUCAAUCGUUCCUUUAACUCUUGUAGACGUUAUGCAAAACGGUUUUCAGUCAAAAGUCACCAUAUUCAAGGGCUGCAGUGUAUUGAUAGCCAUCACUGGCUUAUGGUACUAGGUGAGAAUUCAUAGGAGAACCGUAGAAGUGGGAUAACUUCUAU